AUGGCGUGCCAUUUCAUACAAGGUCCCAUACGACGCUUCCUUGGGACAAUAUUCAUCUUGGAUGACUGGGAAGGUAUGUUGGCGGAAGUUAAAGCCAACGUGGAAAAUUCUCGUCUGGACAUGGGUGCAGUUGAUUCCAGUCGACUCAAGUUCCUAUACGAUGAGAGUCAAAGAGAGCUGCGUCGGAAAAUUUUCUCCUGUCUCGCCUCAAACUAUUGCGAGGAUAAAAAGGUUCACCCUUAUCCGGUCGCAGGUUCCUGUGAUUGGUUCGCUUUAACUCCUCAAUAUGAGAGCUGGAUAAGCGGCCAGACCCCUUUUCUAUUUGUGACUGCAAUGGCUGGCUUCGGCAAGUCGGUGUUGAUGAAAGGGCUUGUCAAUGAAGCCUCGAGCGAGUCCUCAUUUACUUCCGCCUACUACUCUUUUCGAAGCUCCUGUGACUCUAAGUUGAAUACUGAUAGACCCGCAACUGCACUUUGUGCGAUGCUUCACCACCUUUGCCUCAAAGGCCAUUAUGGCAUCCUGCAGCUCGUUGAAGAUAAAUAUAAUUCUGGGGGCGAGGCCCUAUGUGGUGAUUUGGAAGAGCUCUGGGAGAUUCUUAUAAAGGCAGCCGAUGAUAGUCAGAAUCCGAUCCUUUGCUUCAUUGAUGCUUUAGAUGAGUCCGCAAUGAUGAUAAGAUGGCCCGGAAAGGAUGUUCAUUUCAAGAUAAUGAACGAGCGACCGAACAGCGAAAUGGAACGCAUCAUGAAAUUAAAGGUCGAGAAACUCCCUCUAAAACCCGACUCACGAAGCCAUCUCCUGAAGCGGUUAAUGGAACGGCAGAGAUACACAGAAGGGGACCAUACCGAAAGUCAAACAUUCUUGUGGCGGAGGCUGGCUUUCGAAAGCUUGAAACUCGACCAGCGUUUUACUGGUGUCGACGUCAGCGUUAUUGACAGGCUUGUCGAUGAUCUUCCUGACACAUUGUCUUCCACUUACGAGAAAUUGCUUGAUAGGAACAAGGAAAGCAUCUCAGACUAUAAACAUAUGUUAGAGAAUGCCAGAUCCGAAUUCCUGCAGGUGCAGCCGACUUUCUUGGGCUACCAACAUAUGUUGGACGUGAGCGACGAAUGCUUUCGGCUCUGGUACUCGGCUUAUGGGUAUGGGGUAAUUACCUUUUGCGAAACCUUCGUCCUGGGCCGUGUUCUAGAGGGCAUAAGGCCAGAUGAUAAGUUACUCGGGGUCUUCCAUCUCUUGAUGGAAGAUUAUGAGUAUACGACCGGUCUAUCUCAGCCACACGACCUCACCAUAACAUACCAAAAUUCUGAACGCUUCAAGGAGUUGCUCGUACGACACGUCACGGAGCAGGAUUUGGUAGAGUUAACUCACCGCAACGGAGAGUAUAAGCCCGAUACGACACCCGACAUGGCUCCCGAUAAUUCGCCGAACUUACCAAGCGACUUGAGUAGAAAAUAUAGGGAGAUGAACCCGGAUGCUUUACUCACGCCCUCCCAACCGCUUUCCAAACCCGUCCUGCUCGGCUCCUCCGACACAUUGAAGAUCACCCUCAUAACGCAAGAGGGAAAGAGUGCCAAAAGACCGCAUCAAGCGUUUUUGCUGCUGCAAGACCAAGAAGGGAAGCUGGAUGUUUCAUAUCCGUUUAGCGUAAAGGAGUCGGGAAAAGCGAAGGUCGAAUUGACACAUAAAGAUCUCCCCGUCCAAUUUCUCACUUCCUCCACUCUGAGCAACACCUCAGGGCUCAGCGCAUCCAUCGUAAUCGCCUCCUUCAGCACCAACCCGGGCUACAACUCCCGGGCCUUCACUCUCGAAAUCAAGACGGAUCCAAACACCCCGUUACCACCAGCAGAGAAAUCACUCCGAUACGGCAAACUCCCGGAGAUCCACCACAUCUUCCGCUCUGACCCUAGAUCUCCGCCCAUGGUUAUAAGUCUGGUAUUUUUGGCUGCCGUGGUGGGAACCCUACCAUUGCUGGCAGGUGCUUGGGUCGCCCUAGGCCUGAACCUCUCCUCCCUGCCCAAGGCCUUCUCCGCUUCGCCGAUAUCGCACGCCUGCUUCAUGUCGUCGAUCGUGGGCAUCGAGUUCGUCUUGUCCCUGUACUACACGACUUGGAACCUGUUCCAGACGCUCCCCGUCCUCGGUGCGUUGGCCGUCCUUGCGUUCCUAAGUGGAAGUCGCGCCUUGACCGAGGUCCAGGAGCGGAGGCUGGCUGGCACCAGAUGA